AUGCUCGGAGUUUGGAUACUUGCAUUAUUUCUGCUCAGCACAGCAGAAGGCAAAGAAGUAUGCUUUGACAGACUUGGAUGUUUCUCAGAUGAUAUACCAUGGUCUGGGACUACUGAAAGACCAAUCCAUAAGUUACCCUGGGAUCCAGAAAAGAUAGAUACUCGCUUCCUCCUGUACACAAGACAAAAUCCUAAUGUCUUUCAAGAGAUCUCUGCGGUUGAUUAUGAAACAAUUGGCUACUCAAAUUUUAACACAAGUAGGAUUACCAGAUUCAUCACACACGGAUUUAUAGAUGAUGGAGAAGAAAACUGGCUGUCAGACAUGUGCAAGAGGAUGCUUUCUGUGGAAGAUGUGAACUGCAUCUGCAUAACCUGGGUGAAAGGUGGCAGAUGUCAGUACACCCAGGCAUCAAACAACGUCCGUGUGGUGGGCGCUGAAAUAGCUUAUUUUGUGAAUGUUCUUAUGGAAAAAUACAACUACACUCCAGCCCAAGUUCACAUAAUCGGCCAUAGCCUUGGAGCACAUGUGGCAGGCGAGGCUGGCAGGAGGCGGCCAGGGAUUGGAAGAAUAACCGGCCUGGACCCUGCUCAACCUUAUUUUCAAGACACUCCAAUUGAAGUCAGGUUGGACAAAUCUGACGCAGAGUUUGUCGAUGUUAUCCACACAGAUUCAGCUCCCACAAUCCCCUACUUAGGCUUUGGCAUGAGCACAGCUAUAGGACAUCUUGACUUUUAUCCAAACGGAGGAGUGGAAAUGCCAGGAUGUGACAAGAACGCUAUUUCACAGAUCGUAGACCUCGAUGGCAUCUGGGAAGGAACCCGGGACUUUGUGGCUUGCAAUCAUUUGCGGAGUUACAAGUAUUACUCUGACAGUAUUAUCUACCCUGACGGAUUUCUGGGAUAUCCUUGUGCUUCUUACGAUGUCUUUGAUUCAGACAAUUGUUUCCCAUGCCCAGAAGGUGGAUGCCCAAAUAUGGGUCACUUUGCAGAUAAAUUCAAAGGGAAAUUCAAAGCUGAUUUCACAAAAUUUUACCUGAAUACUGGAGAGGCCAAGGAUUUUCCUCUUUGGAGGUACAAAGUAAGUGUGACCCUCUCUGGAAAGAGUAAACAAAGAGGAUAUGUAAAUAUUGCCCUGUAUGGAGAGGAUGGAAACACAAGGCAGCAUCAGAUUGUCCAGGGAGCCCUCAAACCAGACAACACUUAUGUAAAAUUCAUUGAUGCAGAAGUUAACAUUGGAACAAUUACAAAGGUUAAAUUCCUCUGGAACAACAACUGGUUAAACCCAACUUUUCCUAAACUAGGAGCUGCAACUGUCACAGUAGAAUCUGGAGAAAAUAGAACACUGUAUCGUUUCUGUGGUUCUGAGACGGUGAGGGAAGAUGUUCUGCAAACUCUUAAUGCUUGCUAA